AUGCCGCUCUUCCAGCUGCUCAAGCCCGUCGCGGUGCCUCGCAGCCAGGUUGCACACUCCAAUCCCAUUCUGUACGAUGGCGGCAGCGGAGUAAACGAAUUCUUCGCCCCAGGUACAGAAUACUUUGGCCGCCAGGUCGUUCCGCCCGACAACAAAUGGUCUGAUGGAUCUCCUAGUUUCAUGGCUCCGAUUGCCCAUUAUCAUCUGCUACAGACCGAAUCAUUCCACGUCGAGUCUGGUGAGGGUCUUUGGUAUUUGCGAGGCAAGACUAUCUACCUUAAGGCAGGCGACAACAUCACCAUCCCGAGGUUCGUUGCACACCGAUUCGAGAACGUGCCGGGGAGCACACAGCCGCUGUCUAUCCUAUAUCGGUACGACGCGCAGCGAUACGAGAUGGAGCGGCGCUUCUUCUGCAACACCCUUACCUACCUCAACGAUUGCAGGGUAGCGGGGACAGCGCCAAGUGUGCUGCAGCUCUGCAUCUUCCUAAGCGACUGCUGGAUGCCUGGGGAAUUCUUCUGGGUCCCCGGUGGGGAGCAUGUGAGGUGCUUGGUCAAUGCUUUGUUCAUGUGGACGAUGGCGGCUAUUGGGAGAUUUGUGUUUGGAUAUAAAAAUACCUAUCCCGAGUAUUAUGUCCCGAGGGUUGGCGAGUUAUACUACAAGUCAGGCUCCAAGGGGAAGACAUGA